AUGGGCUAUCGCACGCUCCGCCAUUGCGUUGACGAUCUCGAAGCCGCCGGUCAGCUCGUACGAAUCGAGCAGGAGAUCGAUCCCCACUUGGAGGCCGCCGAAAUCCAACGCCGUGUGUACCAGGCGGGCGGACCGGCCAUCUACUACGCCAACGUGAAGGGCACAGACUUCCCGUUGGUCAGCAACCUGUUCGGCACGCUGGACCGAACGAAGUUCAUCUUCCGCGACACGCUCGAUGCCGUGCGGGGCCUGGUGCAGUUGAAGAUCGAUCCCACGGUCGCUCUCCAAGCCCCCUGGAAACAUCUUUCCGCCGUGAGGGCUGCCCUGCACAUGCUGCCCCGUAAGGUGCGGCGCGGUGCGGUGCUCGCCCAUCAAACCACGGUGUCGAAGUUGCCGCAGAUCGUCUCCUGGCCCGAUGAUGGCGGGGCAUUCAUUACGCUGCCGCAGGUGUAUAGCGAAGACCCCGAUCGGCCGGGUCUGAAACACUCGAACUUGGGCAUGUACCGCUCGCAGAUCUCCGGCGGUUCGUAUGAAGUCGAUCGCGAGAUUGGUCUGCACUACCAGAUCCAUCGUGGGAUUGGCGUGCAUCACACCGCAGCGAUCCGUCGCGGCGAGCCGUUUCGCGUGAACAUCUUCGUGGGCGGGCCACCGUGCAUGAGCGUGGCCGCCGUGAUGCCGCUGCCGGAGGGGCUUUCGGAACUCUCCUUCGCUGGGGCUCUCGGUGGACGCAGGGUGCCCAUGAUCGUGGGACAAACACCGCUGCCGGUGCCGGCCCAGGCCGACUUCUGCAUUGUGGGCACCGUCGAUCCCCAGCGGCAAUUGCCCGAGGGGCCCUUUGGCGAUCACCUGGGUUAUUACAGCCUGGCCCACGACUUCCCGGUGUUGAAGGUCGAACAGGUCUAUCAUCGCGAAGGUGCCAUCUGGCCAUUCACCACGGUGGGGCGUCCGCCGCAGGAAGAUACCGCGUUCGGUCAGUUGAUCCACGAGAUCACCGGUCCGCUGAUUCCAACCGUCAUCCCCGGGGUGCGGUCUGUGCACGCCGUCGACGCCGCGGGGGUUCACCCGUUGUUGCUGGCGAUUGGCAGCGAACGUUAUGUGCCGUACGGCGAACGCACGCGGCCGCAGGAGUUACUCACCCAGAGCAACGCCAUUCUCGGGCAAGGUCAGAUGUCGCUGGCGAAGUACUUGCUCAUCGCGUGCGAAGCGGACGAUCCGGGGCUCGACAUUCAUGACGAGGCCGCAUUCAUUCAGCACCUGCUCGCUCGCAUCGACUUCCAGCGCGACCUGCACUUUCAAACGCGAACCACCAUCGACACGCUCGAUUACUCCGGCGACGGGCUGAACGAAGGUUCGAAGCUGGUGAUGGCCGCCGUGGGGCCUCCGCGUCGCGAGUUGCCCACGUCGAUCGAGGGAGAUUUCUCGUUGCCGCGCGACUUCUGCUGCCCUCGGGUUUGCUUCCCGGGCGUGCUGGCCAUCAAGGGUCCUGAGUACUAUCUCGCCAACGGCGGGCCUAAUUCGGCGAUCGAUCGGUUCGUCGAGUCGUUCGAUGCCAAGUCCCCAAUAAAUCGCUUCCCGUUGAUCGUGAUCGUCGACGACAGCGAGUUCACGGCCGCUUCGCUGAACAACUUUUUGUGGACCACGUUUACUCGCAGCAAUCCGGCGGCCGACGUCUACGGGAUCGAAUCGUUCACUGAGCAGAAGCACUGGGGAUGCCGGGGUUCGCUGGUGAUCGAUGCCCGGAUUAAACCGAGCCACGCCCCACCGCUUAACGAAGACCCAGAGGUGACCCGUCGGGUGGACAAUUUGGCUGUGCGUGGCGGACCGUUGCUACCCAUCGACAACACGGCGGUUGAAAUCUUGCUGCUACUUUGGAUGUUGGCCUUCGGCGGGGCCAUCGGCAGCUUUCUGAAUGUGGUGGUUUAUCGCCCCCCACGCGGUCGCAGCAUCGUCCAUCCCGGUUCACAAUGCCCGAGCUGCGGACAUGCCAUUCGGAGCAUCGACAACGUGCCCGUGCUGGCCUGGUUGUGGCUCCGCGGGCGUUGCCGCGACUGCCAUGCAAAGAUUUCCGCGCGUUACCCCAUCAUCGAAUUCAUCACGGCCGUGCUGUUUGCAUCGCUGGGUUGGGUCGAAGUGUUCCAGAACGGCGGAACUGUGGCCGCGGUCGAUCUAAAGACCUAUUUACCCUGGCCGUUCGCCUGGAAGUGUGGGCUGUGGGCCUUCCACAUGCUGUUGCUUUGCACGCUGCUGAGUGCCGGGCUGAUUCGCUUCGACGGGCUGCGUGUUCCGCGGGCGAUCUGGUAUCUGGCGGCGGCCGUCGCGUUGGUGGCCCCCGUGGUUUGGCCUUGGUUGUUGCCGGGGGUUGGUUCUGCGAGUGACUUUCAAGCGAGAUUUGGGCCCCUGUCCUUCCAGGUAGCAGCUACUGUUGCCGCUGCCGCAAUCGUGUUAGCCGUCGCCUGGCUGAUGCGUGGGCGGCCGGAAAGGAACUUCAUCUCGCAGACCAUCGAUUCCCCUCUGGCAAUGCUUAUUGUCAUCUCGUUGUUCUUGGGCAUUCAGGCGGGAACCUCCAUUACGCUGGUGUCGCUUGUGUUGAGCGCGGCCGGCACGCGGCUGGCGGGUCGUUUGUUGCCGACGGAAUUGAUUUCGGUCGGGGUCUCGUGGGGUUGGAUCGUCUGCUGGCCCUGGUUAUGCGAUACUUUUCCCGUGUUGGGGCCCGGUGGCGAUCUUAAGUUCGCCGUGUUGUUGUUCGGCGGAAUGGCGAUAGCCAUUGGUCUGAAGAAGCUACGACUGAAAAACUGGGACAAGCUCCCGCUGGAUGUUUCGACGAUCGACGCGGUGGUGCUGACGCAUGCCCACCUCGAUCACGUCGGGUACCUGCCGCGGUUGGGUAAGCUGGGGUUCGAGGGGCCCAUCUAUUGCACGGCCGCCACCGCCGAGCUGGCCGAGUUGAUCCUCUUCGAUUCGGCCAAGAUUCAAGAGGCCGACGCCGAGUACGCCAACCGCAAAGGGUUUUCAAAACACAAGCCGGCCUUGCCGCUGUACACCAGCAAAGAUGCAGCCGACGUGCUGGACCUGGUCGAGACCGUGAAACUCGAUACCUGGUUCAACCCAGCGGGGAGCAUCUGGUGCCGGUACCAGGAUGUGGGGCACCUGCUCGGUUCGGGCUUCAUCGAAGUCGAACUUCGCAAAGGUAGCCGACCGACGCGGCUUGUCUUCUCCGGUGAUGUGGGGCGGUACGACGCACCGCUGUACCACGACCCCACACCACCGCCGGAAUGCGAUUACUUGAUUUGCGAAAGCACCUACGGCGAUCGCGAUCAUCCCGAGGGCAAUCUUCUGGAUGAACUCUGCGGCGUGGUUCUCGAAUCGAUCCGUCGCGGCGGCGUGAUGUUGGUGGCUUCGUUCGCCGUGGGUCGUGCGCAGCAGUUGCUCUACCUGUUGCACGUGCUGAUGAAAAAGAAUCUCAUCCCCGAGUUGCCGGUGUUCAUCGACAGCCCGAUGGCGGUGGACGCCACCCAUAUUUAUCACGCGCAUCAUGCACUGCACGAUCUUACCGAAUACGAUCUUUCGCCGGAAGAACACAUAUUUAAACGGCGAAACGUUCAUCUCUGCCGUACGGUGUCGGAAUCGAAACGCAUCAAUGACGUGCCAGGGCCGGCGGUGAUUAUCUCAUCCUCGGGCAUGAUGACCGGCGGCAGAAUCUUGCAUCACCUGCGAAUGCGUUUGCCGGACGAACGCAACACCGUGGUGCUGGCCGGCUACAUGGCCGAUGGUACCCGUGGUCGUUCGUUAAGGGACGGGGCCAAGUACAUUCGCAUGCAUGGACGCGACGUACCUGUGAAAGCCCACGUGGCUGAAAUUUCCGGCCUCAGCGGUCAUGCCGGGCGAAGUGAGUUGUUGCGGUGGGUGGCCGACUUGCCUGCUCCACGACGCCCUCCGCGAACGACACGGAUGGGACGUGCACAUUCCGAAGCUAGGCGAAAGCGUUACCUUGGAGACCGAGCUGUGAGCGACGACGCGCAAGCCAAAUUGGCCAAAGAGAAUCUCGAAGCGAUUCUCAAGUCACCCAGCUACGAACUGGCCGAACGCGAUGUGCUGUUGUUAGCCCGUCCCGAGUUGCGCCCCGUGCGGAUGCAGCUCGAGUUGCUCAAGCCGGAGUUAGCAUUUCAAGAUCACCUGGUCCACUCCACGAUUGUGGUUUUCGGCAGCACGCAAAUCUCAGAACAGUCGCACGCCGAGCAGCGUGUGGCCGUGGCCGAAAAGGCACUCGAAGCCGACCCUGAGAACGCAGUGCUAAAGCGCCGCCUGGAAGUCACUCGCCGGCUGUUGGCCAAAAGCAGCUAUUACGAUGCAGCUCGCGAGUUUGCGAGAAUCGUUUCGCAAGCGUGCCAGGUUGAUGGCGAUUGCGAACAUGUGAUCGUUACCGGUGGUGGUCCCGGUGUGAUGGAAGCGGCCAACCGGGGAGCGUUCGACGUGGGUGCCAAGUCGGUGGGGCUGAACAUCACGCUACCGAUGGAGCAGGCCCCGAACCCUUACAUCACGCCGGAGCUCUGUUUCCAGUUUCACUAUUUCGCCAUUCGCAAAUUGCACUUUCUACUGAGGGCCAAGGCCCUGGUGGUGUUCCCCGGUGGGUUUGGAACGCUCGACGAGUUGUUCGACGCCCUCACCUUGCGGCAGACGCACCGGAUGCAGGAAAUCCCGAUCGUGCUUUACAGCCGCGACUAUUGGGAUCGGGUGAUCGAUUUCCAGUUUCUGGCCGACGAGGGGGUGAUCCUCGACGAGCAUCUGGAUUUGUUCAAUUUCGCCGAAACCCCUCAGGAGGCGGUAAUUGGGAUUUGUCUGGUGGCCGUAGGUGCCGCCGGAGCGUUGUUCUUUGCUAGUCCGGCUGGAGAACCAAAGGUCACCGUAGAUACAGAAGCGACGAGAGCUGAACCAACAACGUUGGCCGAGGGACCUCAAGCCCAGCAGCCGGAAGCCCCCGUGGCGGAUGUCGCACCACUCGAUCCCGAGGCCCCCAUCGUCGUGCCUGACGGUUCGCCUGAAGAAUUGAUGCUCUUCGUGGGACAGUUGCAGCGGAAUGAAGGGCAAGCCCGAGCAUUGGGUGCCGAGGCCUAUUUCCCUUAUCUUCGCAAGAGCAAGCAGGCCACCCUUGAGGUUGCCGACAAGAUUCUGCAAUCCGAUCCCGAAGGUGAAAUGCUUACCAACGCCUUCGCGAUGAAGUUAGAUUCGCUGCGAACGCUGGGGCUGUUGAACCAGCUUGCCACCGAUGAUGGCGUCGAUUACUGGACGCAAACCGUCGAGUUCUUUAACGAGUUCGCAGAGAAGUACCCCGAUCAAAUCACCGAGGAUUUGAACAAUUUCAAAACCUACGCCAUGUGCUUCCAAACGAAGGACAUGAGUGCCGAGGAGGCCGCGGAGGUGGUGAAAGAGAUCAAGGCCCAAAUGCUGGCCGGCGAAAUCGACGCCGACGAUGUGGCCAUGGCUCAAACGUUGUGCUCGGUGUUGGAGACGCCCGGCAAGUUCGAGUUGGCGGCUCAAACCAACCGCGACUUUGCCAAGCUGUUCCGCGAUCACGGCGAUGGUCAGAUUGCCCCGCUGGGAGACAAGUUCGACCAAACUGCCGACAUACUGGAACUGAUCGGCACCAAGGCUGAAAUCUCCGGGCUCACCUCCGACGGCACCGCAGUCGACAUCGCCGACUACGAAGGCAAGAUAGUGCUUGUCGAUUUCUGGGCCACCUGGUGCGGACCGUGUCUGCAAGAGUUGCCCAACGUGUUGAAAAACUAUGAGGCCUUCCAUGAAGAGGGCUUCGACGUGCUGGGAAUCAGCCUCGACAACAGCCAAGAAGAGAUCGACAAUUUUCUCAAGCACAACAAGCUGCCUUGGGUGACGCUGGUGAGCGAUGAUGCCGGCGGUAGCGGGUUCGAAAACUCGUUGGCCACUCGAUACAACGUGCAGGCGAUUCCCUUCACGAUGCUGGUCGACCGCGAUGGUAAGAUCUUCAGUGUUCGGGUUCGCAUGAGCGAGCGAUGGUUGUCCCCGCGGUUGUGGCGAUGGUGCGCCGCAGGCAGUCUAAGCAUGUUGCUCGCGGCCAGUGUCGUGCAGGGAGAGCAGCAAGAUGCUCAACCGGCUGCGAAGGACAACCCUUAUCUUGCUGCCGAGGGGCUUUCUCCCGAGGCCCUGAUGCAAUACGUGACGAAGAUGCUCGGUCGCCCCGAUACGGUUCGGGCGCGACCGCAGUACAUCGCCGCGGUGAUCGACGCGACCGAUCGUAUUCAAGCCGCCGAGGUGGAUGAUUCGCUGCGCAGCGCCGCAAUUCUGGCUCACCUUGAAGUGUUGCACUUCGCCGCCCUCAGUGGCGACGGGGCUGCCGAUCGGCAGUUGGAAGAACUGGCGCCGAAGUACGAUGGGCAUUCCAACGAGGAUGUGGCCAAGGCCGCUCGACUUUACAUCCUUGAAUAUACGGCGCUGAAUGCCGAGUCGGACGAUACGGAACUGUUGAAGCAGUUCCUCACCGAUAGCGAACAGUUGCUGGCCGAAUCGGAACCCGGCCCCAAGCACCGCCGGCUGCUGGUUCUGGUGGUGAAAGCGGCGCGGCUCAUCGACGACAAGACGAUGGUGCAAACGUUAACCGCGUCGAUGUCCGAGCGGCUGGCGAAGUGCAACGAGCGUGAGCUGGUCCCCAUUCGCAAGGCCCUCGAAAAGCUCGCCAAGGCGGAAGAGGAACAGCCGGUUGCCGAUUUGGUUGGCCAACCGCUGGAGAUCGACGGGGCAACCAUCGACGGGCUCGACUUCGAUUGGCAAGCCUAUCGCGGUCGCGUAGUGCUGGUCGACUUUUGGGCAACCUGGUGUGGGCCUUGCGUUCGUGAGGUUCCCAACAUCAAGGAAGUUUACGAUCAAUAUCACGAACAGGGUUUCGAAGUGGUGGGCAUCAGCCUCGACCGCGACCGUGAGGCGCUGGAGAAGUUUCUGGCCGAGAACGAGAUUCCUUGGGUCACCCUGUUUGAAGGGCCCGAUGAACCCAACCCGGUAGCGCAACGCUACGGGGUACGCGCGAUUCCCUUUCCAGUUCUGGUCGACCGCGAAGGAAAUGUGGUCAGCACCACUGCCCGGGGCGAAGCGCUCGGCCCGCUUGUGGCCGAACUUCUCAGCUCGGAUUCCACUUCCGACCCCUCAGGUGAGUGA